AUGUACUCCUCCAAGGCGUUCUUUCUGUCCUCAGUCUCGGCAACCAACUUGUCCUCGGCAACCAUCUUACCUUCCUCCUCGAAGUACUUGGCCAAAACCUUUUCUGGAAGUGCGAGGCCGCUGAAAACGAUGUCCAAGUCCUUAGACUUCACAAGCUUCUUGACGGUCUUAAGGAACUCUGGUACAGCCACCAAUGACUUCGAUGGAGUCCAAAUCCUCAGACUUCAAUCCAGCAGCUUCCAAAGCCUGCUCAAUUGGGACGUGGAUUCUUUCGAGCAAUGGCUUAACCAUCUCCUCAAGCUCCUCUCUCGUAAGCUGGGAAGAAACAUCAACAUCAUCCAUAACGGACUCGAUGUUGAAUGGAGCCUGAGAGUUGGCGGAAAGAACCUUCUUCAACUUCUCAGCAGCAACCAAAACUCUGUUGUAUCCCUUAGGGUUGGUUCUGAUGUCAAUCUUGUAUUUGCUCUUGAACUCGUCAGCGAAGUGCUCAGCAAUGGCUCUAUCGAAAUCUCUACCACCAAAGUGUUUGUCAUAAGCAGAUCCCAAAAUCUUGAGUUCUCCCUUCUUCACAGCACCAAUGGUGACGGUGUAGGAAGAGUGGCCAAUAUCAACGAAGGCGACCUUCUUUGGCGCCUCCUCCGGAAGAUCUGUCUUGAACACACCAUAUCCAACAGCAGCAGCAGUAACCUCGUUAACGAUUCUGACUGGGUUCAAGCCAGCGAUUUGACAAGCGUCAGCAGCAGCUCUUCUUUGUUGUUCAGUGUACCAGACAGGAACAGCCAAACAUAUAUCUGUGAUGUUUCCCUUUGUUUCCUUGACAGCGGUGUCUUUCAAUUUGUUCAAAUACAUUGCCUCCAAUUGGGUAGGGGUGAACUCUUCUUGCUUACCAAGAUAUCUGACCUUGACGGCGGCUUGGCCAUCCUUAACGACAACUGGACAAGUGAAGUAUUUCUUCUCGAUUUCAAAAUCUGGCGAGUCUGCGUUCAAAGCAAGAAUACGCUUGAUGUUCUCCACACUGUUCUUCAAGUUGGAUGUUUGUUGUGUCUUACCAGUCUCACCGAUGGAUCUGCUCUUCACGCCAAACCCAACGAUGGUAGGGGUACUUCUGUUGGAAACUUCGUUCACAACCACAUCAAUUCCUCUGUUUUUUGCAACAGCAAUAACAGAGCUGUAGUUACCUAA